AUGAGAUACCAGGCGGGCAACAUGCCCCGACCCUGCGACAUCGUCUUCUGCUUCAAGCCAAACCAGGGAAAGCAUAUUGACGGUUUCGCCGAGUCAUUUGUGCAAGCCCUUGAAGACCAAACCACAGCCGAGCGCGCAAAAUACCCUGCAACAUAUCAACCCCCCAAGCCAGAAGACAUCCUCAUCAACGAUGCAGCAGCCCAAAGAAUCAGCCAGACAGUGUACAAAUGGCGCAACUCAUUGUCAACAGCGGAAGGAAUCCAGCUCCCGCAAGCCACAACAUGGGCCAGAAGCAAGCAUCUCUGCCCGCACACCAGCAACAUCAGCGAAUGCCGCAGCGCCGACGACCCAGCCCGCGAAGAGGAGCAAGACGACGGAUACAUAUUCGGCUGCCCCUGCGCAUUACCCUUCAAGGAGCGCAAGGCAUCUGCGUUCAUGCGGAGAAGAAUCUAUCCUGACUGCUACACUUUCUACGAGGCCAACCGCGCCUGCUUCUUCCACAUGGAGCUUGUCAAAACCCUGCUGCUCCACGGCGAGACAGACACCGUCCUGCGCGCUUGCUCGGACCCAGCCAUCAAAGACGAGUACGCGAGAUGGCACUCAAAGGGCGAGUGCAAUUGCAUGCCCCAAACGCUCGGUUGGGACAUGGUCUACAAGUUCGCGCUGGAAGCUUAUCUUGUGCUGAACAUCAUCAAAGUCUUUCCGGCCCUAUGGGAGCCUGCGCCCCGUGGGAAGAAGAGAAAUAACACACCCGGUGCCCUGAGGGAAGCCGAUUACCGGAAUACGGCCAUGUACCAGUAUAUGCUGGGCCUUGUGACUAUGGACAUCACCACACCGGCCACUGUGCUCCCGCACCAGGAGUUCUUUGGCGUCCCGGACCGCCACUUCUCGGAUUGCUUUCGCUUCCCCGCGGACAUCGCGGUGAAGUACCCGGUCUUCAGGAAAUUCGUAAAAGACGAUAAAGCAACUGGAUGGGCUGCGGGGACGGGGACAGAGGCGAAGAAAUCCGGCUACGUCGCGGCAUACAAGUUCCCCUACGGCCAUCUGCCCUUCAACCGCUUUUUGAACUUGGAAGAGACAGUCCCGCACCUCCCGUCCUCGCAAGACAUUGCACAGGUUACGCUGAUAUUAUAUGCAAAGCGUCUGCCCACUGAACUGGUCAUCCCCAUCCUUAAGCUCGCAGACUACGAUACGCCGCGGCGCCGCCUGCCAAUACCGCACGACCCCCUGCAUGCUCAGAACCGCAACGAGCUCAACAAGUACCUAGAAUUGUGUUGGAACCUUCUUGUCCGGUACAACCUCCUCGCACAAGAGCUGGGGGAGGAGAUUGACUGGAAAGGCAUGAUCUUUAACGCGCUGCGUCGCCACGUCGGACGACCACCGCGCUGGGAACUCUAUAAAAUAAGAUAUCGCCGGAACCCGGAACGCAACGAGUAUCAUUUCCUCAAUGAUAAGAGGCAGACAACGCAUGUAGCGUACGCCUCCAGCUGCUGA